UUUUCCAGUUUGAAAUUUGCCAUUCGCUCUCUCUCACAGGGCCAAAUCUUCUUCUUCUUCUUCUUCAACUUUCAGAUCAGAGACCUCCCACUCUACGCUCCCAAACGCAAACCUCCCGAAACCCUAGUUUACAUCCAGAUUUUAAACACACUACUGGUGGAAAUAUCCUCAGGAACUAGUUACGUUUUAUUAUGGAUUUUCUGGGAAAAGAAGACCUGUGAUAAAAAUUUAUGGAUUGUGAUACAAGUGUUUCCUGGGUCGGGGAAUUAUGCGUUUUCUUGCGAUACUUUUCUUUUAUUUUCCCGAGAGAAUGUUCCGUUUUCUGGGAAAUUGAAUCGUGAAAAUGCCUGAAGCGAGAGAUCGAUUGUCAAGACCAGUUGACCUGGCCGCAGCCUAUGCUCAGAGGCUGGCCGGCAACCGGAGAGUUUAUAUUGAUCCGCCAGAGCAGACUAUUCUAGCCUUUUCUCCUCCGGUGAGACGACCAACAGGCUUGGGGAUUCGGGCUACCGGAAUUGUUGGUGGUGGACGGCUCCCAAGGAGCAUUUUGAGGACUCCCAGAACCGUGACUGGGCGUGGUCGAAUCCCAUUUAGGUUGUCAACGGUGGACAGAGAGAAUACGCCUAGAGGGAGUUCUCACCAGAGAGGGGGCCGAGCUAGUAACAGCGUGUUGCCUUAUUGGUACCCAAGAUCCCCUCUCCAGGAUAUCACUGCUGUGGUUAGGGCUAUUGAAAGUAGAAGAGCUCGCUUGAUUGAGAGCGAUGGCCAAAACACUGAGGGUCAAGUUCCACAAGACCAGAAUGCCCUUGAUCAGUCUCUUCCUGUGUCAGGUGCUCAAUUUGAUCAUGGAGUACCUAUGACUCCGUAUUCAGCUGUUCGGACCAAGCACUGUCUGCCCCCUUCUGUUGGUAAAGUUCAACAAAUUUUAAGGGACGUCAGUAAUCAGCCAUCUGAAGGAGAAUUUCUUACACCACAGAAGAAACUAAUGAACUCAAUUGACAUGGUGGAGAAAGUGGUCAGGAAAGAACUUGAGAGGCUGAAGAGAACGCCUAGCUCAAAGAAGGCUGAGAGGGAGCAAAAAGUCCGAACUCUGAUGUCAAUGCGCUGAUCUGUUUUGAUGAAGGAACAUUACCAACAUAGCACAUAGGAGUUUGGACAAGGACCCAAGCAGGUGAAGGUGUAUCGCCUUCUUGUGAUACCAACAUCGUGAGACAUAUCACCUUCUAGUGAUACCUAGAUCGCGAGACAUAUCACCUUCUAGUGAUACCUAUCUGACCCUCAGUGUGACCUCUAUCAUCUUCCGUUGAUAUUGCUUAUCAUCUACUGAUGACACAUAACAUUCAAUCAUCUUCUGGUGGUAACUUUACACUGACUGAGCACCGUCAUUUUUUAGUCUGAAGCUUCAUGUCUCGCUGAAGGUCAUAGUAAAGUGUUGAGUUAUCACUCUGAAAACUCUUUUUUCAGACAGUACAGUAGAAUGUGUGUCUAGUUGCCAUCAUUCUUUGAUGGUUUUAGCCUUAGAUAUACUGUAGGAGCUGACGGAUAUAGAGGCCAUAGCACUACCCUUUUUGUAUCUGAUGGGAUAAUUUCUCGUGACCGACCCUUCACUUUUCAUGGAUGAUGAUUGAUAUGAAAAGCCUUGGUCUUUAUAUUGCUGUUUAAUUCUCUAAUGCUUCUGGAAUCUGAUGUUCAUAUGACAGUAUGAUGCAGAUGACUUGUUGCUUGUUGGAAGCAGUCUUACCGGACGCUUCUGAUUGCUAAUUCCCUUGAACUUGUUAAUAUAUAACCGCAGAAUUUGUUA